CUCGCUCUUCUCUUCUUUUGUGCUCCAAAACCAAACAUAAUAACACUCACAAACUCUCACAUCCCUCUCACAUCUCUCUCAUCUCACUCUAUUCUCCUCUUUCUUUUUAAAUCCCCAAAUUACCCUGGAAAUCGGUGGAGACAAAGCUGAUCAUAGCUCUCAAUUCUUUCUUCAAAUUCCAAGCCUCUGUCUCCUCAUCAUCUUAAGAGGUUGUAAUUUUGACGAUUAAUAUACAAGCAUGGUUUCGAUAUAUAACUGCAAAAAAGUUUUGAAAAAGAUAAAACAACCUUUAGUUGCUGCCCAAACUAUGAGAUCCAUCUUAGACCUUGAGGCUGAAGCUUCAUCGGAACAUAAUCAUCCAGAAGAUACCACCAGUAGCCAAGCUGCCUCGAACUUAUAUCCGGUAGCAGAAAACUGCAGACCCAUCUCUCUGAAUCUUAGCCUUCGUUUCGACGACAACAACAAUUUGGAUCUUGAAUCAUCUUCUUUGACGCUGCCAAUUUCGAGCACGAGCGAAAGUAACAACCCAGAGCAACAACAGCAACAACAACAACAACCGUCUGCAUCGAAGAGAGUCUUUUCUUGCAACUACUGUCAAAGGAAGUUUUACAGCUCUCAGGCUCUUGGCGGUCACCAGAACGCUCACAAACGUGAAAGAACGCUCGCAAAACGUGCUAUGCGUAUGGGUCUGGCUGGGGUUUUCCCUAGAGGAUCCAGUGGCCCCUACGCCACAGCUGCUCUCUCUUGCCUCCCGCUGCAUGGUAACAUGACAUCAGUCAGGACUUUGGGAAUACAGGCGCAUGGCUCGUCCCACGACCUAAGGCCAGCACCAGAAACGAUUAUUAGAAACAUUGCCAGGUUUAACCAGGGGUAUUUUAGUAAUUGUGUACCUUUCUACGUGGAGGACGACGGUACCGAGCUCCUCUGGCUGGGGAGUUUCAGACAAGCGGCGGGUGCUGCGGUUGCGGCUGAAGCUUGUAAUGAUAAUUUAGGUGAAAGUAAAAUGGAUUUCUUGGAGGUAAAAAAAGCAGUGGAUAUGGAGAGUUGUCUUCCAGAUCUAACCUUGAAGCUUUGAGCUAUCUUUUUUUUUUAAUUCUUAAUUUGCUUGCACGAGCUACAUAUAACUCUAUUAUGUACAGUGAGAAUUUCACAAACCAUUAUGAUCAAAUAAUAUUCUCUCGUUAACU